UCCACGGGAAAAGUCUGGAAAACAUCUGGCUCCUUCCUCCUCCUCCUCCUGCUCCUCCUCGUCCUCUUCCCGCGUGUGUUCAGCGCGGAGACGGUGAAGACUCUACCGGGGGAAGCAGCAGCGGUGCACCGGGGCUGUGGAGGUAGUUACCGGGGUGUGGAGGGCUCGCGGCGCCGGGACGCUUCUCCGCGAUGGAGACCACGAAGUGAACGUCCUGUUGUUUCUACGCUUCUUCUUCUUCGUCCUCUUCUUCUUCUUCUUCUUUGGAUUUACUCUCACAUUGAAGCGGUGCGUGCUUCUCAACAAGAUGCCGGGAAAGACCAAGUACAACCUGGUGGACGACGGGCACGACCUGCGGAUCCCGCUGCACAACGAGGAAGCGUUCCAGUGCGGGAUCAACUUCGAGGCGAAGGUGCGUUCACACCCCGCAAACUUUUCAAAUCAGGCGUCACACUACAUCGGCAGUCUGGAUGUGGCGCGGCCGGGCAGCCGGGUGGAGAUUGUGGCUGCCAUGAGGAGAAUACGGUAUGAGUUCAAGGUGAAAAACAUCAAGAAGAAGAAAGUCCACAUCACGGUGUCCGUGGACGGCGUGAAGGUCUCCCUGAGGAAAAAGAAAAAAAAGAAGGAGUGGACGUGGGACGAGAGCAAGAUGAUGGUGAUGCAGGAUCCCAUUUACAGGAUAUUCUACGUCUCCCACGACUCCCAGGACCUGAAGAUCUUCAGCUACAUCGCCCGAGACGGACAGAGCAACGUCUUCCGCUGCAACGUCUUCAAGUCCAAGAAGAAGAGUCAGGCCAUGCGCAUCGUGCGGACGGUCGGCCAGGCCUUCGAGGUUUGUCACAAGCUGAGUCUCCUGCACACGCAGCAGAACGCUGACGGACAGGAGGACUGCCACAGCGAGAAGAACGGCAACGACUCCUCCCUCUCAGCUCGGGAGCUCACAGGCGCCGAGAAGACGGCGGUGGUCGCUGAGGAGACGGACAUCGAUGCAGAAGAGGCGAACCAGGGGCAGGCGGGCGAGGAAUCGAACAUCAACAGAGGAGUCACCGAUCUGGACGCCACGGCAAAGACACCGGAUCUGAACCACAUAGAGAACGAGCCUCUAGCUUCAGAGGAGGUCUCUCUGCUGGUGUCCAGCCCCAGGAUGCUGCUCCCUGCAGCGGCCACCCUGCCGCCGGCCGCCCCCCUGUCGACCCACCACCAGAUUCAGCUGCUCGGGCAGCAGCUGCAGCAGCAGCAGCAGCAGACACAUGUGGCUGUAGCACAGGUCCACCUCCUGAAGGACCAGCUGAGUGCCGAGGCCACAGCCCGACUGGAGGCUCAGGCCCGAGUCCAUCAGCUGCUGCUGCAGAACAAAGACCUGCUGCAGCACAUCUCCCUGCUGGUGAAACAGAUCCAGGAGCUGGAGAUAAAGAUGUCUGGACCCAACUCAAUGGGCUCCCAGGACAGUUUGCUGGAGAUCACCUUCCGGUCGACGAUACCUCCGGUGAUCUGCGACGCCACGACUCCUCGACCCGAGCUGUCGGCCGUCAACCUGCCUGCGCUCACGGGUGACGGGACCAUCAACGCCUUCUCGUCCUCCAACGGGACGCUGGGAAGCCCCCUAGGUAGGGACCAGUGUCUUCUCAAACUGGAUUGUUUCCGUUUCCUCCCAGGACCCCCGGGGCCGCCUCCUCCUCGCCCCGAGGGGUCGGAGGUCAAGUCUCUGGGCUGCCUGGACUUUGCCAGGUUUCGCGAGUCGGGCAUCGCCUCAGAGUGCGAGUCGGACACGGACGACAGCGACGACAAUGAGGACGAGGGGGAGGACGGGGAGGAGGAGGGGGGGGGGAUGGAGAUCUUUGGCUGGGGGACGGACGAGGAGACGCUGAGGCUGCUCAAUGUCCUCAACAGACAGGGGACACCCGACUGUCUGGGGGAUGAGAUCGCGGUUUAACGCUCCUCCGCUGAAGAACGGAGGUGUAACACAAACAGAUGUUUUCUUCACUCGCGUCAGAACUGUAGGAAAAAUCAUGUAGCAGAUCCUCACCCACGCACAGUGAUUCAGAGAAGGCUUCAACCAACACAUCAGAAUACCAGAUUAAUAUCAGAUCACAACCAGUUCACCUCUGAUUUGCUUUAUUUGGAUUUAUUUACACAUUUUUCUAGAUAUGCAGAACAUCAGAGUUAAGGUGUUUUCAGUUUGAACAUAAACUCAAUUUUAACCAGAUUUGUGCCGUGAGCUUUGAACACAUCAGAUUUAUUUUCAGUCAGAUUCGUGUGAAUUAACUUAGACGAUGAUUCUCUUCAUGUUCAACCUGAACUCGUCUUAACUCACCUCUGUGGUUCACAUCUGUAGAACUAGUCUCCAGAGACUAACUGUGUGAAUCUAAUCUCUCAUCUAUAUGCACAACCAUGCAUUCACUCCGAUUCUGUAAAUCCUCCUUCUUUCUUUUCUUUUCUUUAUUUCUCUUUCACCCUCUUUUAUCCAUGUGUCACACACACACACACACGCAGACACACACACCACCAGCUCCCUGUUGCUGAAUUCCUCAUUGGGAUUCCGGAGCUGUAUCACAAAUAUCAGGGAGUUGACCUGAAACCCUGAGGACUCGUUCUCCCCUGCAACAGAUUGAAAGUUGUUUCAUUCUGUUUGUUUGCUCGUCUUCAUCAAUCAGACGUCAGGACACAACAUGAAGGAGCUCCUCUGGUUUAAUUGAAGCUGUACAUACACUAUAUCAACCUUAGGUUAGUUCAGAGGGCGUGUUCUCCGUGUGUGAGGCGUGGGAGAGCAGCUGGCAGGAACAAGACGACCGGGGUUGGACUUGGUGACUCUUCUCUGACGAGGAGAGAUGAACUGGAGAGGAACUUUGCUCCAGUCUCUGCAGAGGGAAACGUCUUCUCUCGCUCUGCUCACAACCAAUCAAAGACUAUUUUUAGAACAAAAUCUGUAUCUCUACUGUAAAAGCUUUGUUUUCUACGUCGUUCCACUGAAACGAGGAACUGCUCCGUCCUUGACUUUCCGCCCCCCCCCCCCCCCUUUUGUCUCCUCGCAGUUUGUUGACUUGUUAGUCGGAGCAUGUUUGCACUCUUUUCACUUGUCCGCGCAUUUCCUCGCCUUUUAAUUUAUGUAAAGCCGGGAUCAGUCGGACCUCGAGGAACGCCGUUUGUUUCUUUCAUUCAUCCCCUGAACAAAAACCCUCCGCUGGUGCCAGAACAGCGGCUCAUGACGCCCAAGAGUGGUGUUGUUUGGUUAAAGCCCGGCUCUGUGUACGGCCUCCGGGCCCAAUGCAGUAUUAAAGUGUUCAUUUUGUUUCACCAGGAGAUGCCACAGAGUUUUCUUUCUCCGUCUAUCAGAGCCGCAGCCGGGUCAGAUCAGGUCAGGCACUCCGGUGUUUGGCUGAAGUCGAUGCUGCGGAGAUUUUAAAAAGGGAAUCGGGGCCAAUUCUGACUAUCUGUAGCAAAGAGCUUUGUCUUGAUAGGAUCUAACUCAUCCAGUGAGAAGUCCGGAGAACAAACUCCCGGUCAGCCGCUGACCUUCUGAGGCUGAUGGAUCAAAA